AUGAACUCCGUAUUUCUUCUGUCGUCUUCUCCAUUUGCCGGUCGCUCAUUCGCUUUACCAAAAAAGUUACUAUCGAACCUUCCAGACAUCCAAAAGCAAAAAACGUCUUCUUCGCCUACUAUCCUGCAGGAAUCAUCAAAUGUAGAAGUAGCAAAGGAUCCACCGGGGUCAACAUCACUCAGCACGAUAUCGACUCUGUCGACGACGCAAGUGCCGGUGCUUGUAAAGGAUGAAUUAAUCGAAUAUUGUCGAUUAUGUGCCGCUUCAGAUUGCGUUGGCGAGCUAUUAAACCUUCAGAGUGAUGAUGCUUUGAGGAAACUGGUAUUAAAAAUGACAAAAAGGUUGAACACUAAUAUUGACUUCAGCCAAGAACAUCUUCCAACAACAAUUUGUUCUGCGUGCGUCAAGGCGUUAUAUACGGCUUAUGACUUCGUCGUAGGCAUAGACCAGGCGCAGAUAACCCUAAAUAAUAAGCUAAUCCAGAAAGGCGUACAUCAGAUGCCAGGAAAUAGGUAUCUCGACAACAACCCGGAUUUAUCUAGCAGGUCUUUACAGCAGGUUUCAACAAAUAAAGGGACAACGGUGGAUGAAUUUGAAUUUGAGCAGAAACCACUACAUGUGCCGAGCACGGACUUUCUUUUGACACAAGUAUCUUCAAAUAAUGAAGUAGCAGCAAGUGAUUUCAAGCAGCCAUUGUUACCUGGUCGAACACAACUGUUCCGCUUAUACAAGUAUCAACCAACAUUGGACCAGCAAUUUCCUACGGAUUUCGUACUAGCAAAUUGCUGGAGAGACAUUAUACAGCGGACACGAAAUGAAGACCAGUGGAAACCUCACAAGACUUCAGUCGUAUGUUCCGCACAUUUCGCUGAUGAUGAUUUAUAUUUAACAAAAACAGGAUUACGACGGCUAAAGCAUGGAUCGGUACCAAACAAGUGUCUGUUUUUGUCAGCGACGGAAACAGAAUCCUCGAUAAAUACGAAACAAUUACUAUCGAACCUUCCAGAAUCCCAAAAGCAAAAAACGCCUUCUUCGCCUACUAUCCUGCAGGGAUCAUCAAAUGUUGAAGGAGUAACAAAGGAUCCACCUGGAUUAAAAUCACUCAGCACGAUAUCGACUCUGUCGGCGACGCAAGAAUCAUCAAAUGUAGAAGUAGCAAAGGAUCCACCGGGGUCAACAUCACUCAGCACGACAUCGACUCUGUUGACGACGCAAGUGCCGGUGCUUGUAAAGGAAGAAAUAAUCGAAUAUUGUCGAUUAUGUGCCGCUUCAGAUUGCGUUGGCGAGCUAUUAAACAUUCUGAGUGAUGAUGCCUUGAGAAAACUGGUAGUAAAAAUGACAAAAAGGUUGAACACUAAUAUUGACUUCAGCCAAGAACAUCUUCCAACAACCAUUUGUUCUGCGUGCGUCAAGGCGUUAUAUACGGCUUAUGACUUCGUUGUUGGCAUAGACCAGGCGCAGAUAACCCUAAAUAAUAAGCUAAUCCAGAAAGGCGUACAUCAGAUGCCAGGAAAUAGCAAUCUCGACAACAACCUAGAUUUAUCUAGCAUGUCUUUACAGCAGGAGGUACGAGUAUCUUCAAACAAUGCAGUAGCAAGUGAUUUUAAGCCGCUGUUGUUACCUGUGUCUAACACAACUGUUCCGCUUAUACAAGUAUCAACCAACAUUGGACCAGCAGUAAGUAAAAUCGAGCAGCCAGCACCACUUGAAUCAAGCUCGAACUCACCUACUUGGCAGGAUGAUGCCGCGAAACGAAUGAAGUGCUCGUCGUACGAUCUCAGUAAGCAAGUGCAGAGAAUUGAUGGUCAAAGAAAGAAUAUAAAAAUAUUAAACCAAAAGAUUAGACGACUGCAGAAGAGAAAUGAAUCACUUAAGAAUUUAAUAAUAACCUUAAAGAAAAAAAAUACUGAUACCAAUCCAUUCAAAAAAUUUAAGCAGUAA